UCCCAGCGCGCGGAAGACGGGAGGGCCUGAGGGAGACACACAGUGGGGCCUGCACCCAGGACCAGGGAGCCCGACCCCACACCGCUGUGGGCAGCAUGAGUGGGCAAGUAGGUGACCUGAGCCCCUUGCAGGAGAGGGCGCUGGCCCAGUUCCGGGAGAACAUGCAGGAUGUCCUGGCCGUCCUGCCCAGCACCGAUGACUACUUCCUCCUCCGCUGGCUCCGAGCUCGGAGCUUUGACCUGAAGAAAUCAGAGGACAUGCUGCGGAAGCACGUGAAGUUCCGGAAGCAACAAGAUCUGGACAACAUCCUCGCGUGGCAGCCCUCAGAGGUGGUCAGGCUGUAUGAGCCCAGUGGCUUCUGCGGCCACGACAGGGAGGGCAGCCCCGUCUGGUACCGCAUCAUCAGAGGCCUGGAUCUCAAGGGCCUCCUACUCUCCGUCUCCAAACAAGAGAUACUCAGAUUCAACUUCCGGAACCUGGAGCUGCUCCUGCGAGACUGUGAGCAGCAGAGCCAGGAGUUGGGGAAGAAAGUGGAGAAAAUCUCGACUGUUUUUGAUUUCGAGGGGCUGAGCCUGAGGCAUCUGUGGAAGCCAGGAGUGGAGCUUAUCCAGGAGUUUCUCUCUGCACUUGAGGCAAACUACCCUGAGAUUCUGAAGAAUUUAAUUGUUGUGAAAGCCCCCAGGCUCUUCCCGGUGGCCUACAACCUGAUGAAGCCGUACAUCUCUGAGGAGACACGCAGGAAGGUGGUGAUCCUUGGAGGCAACUGGAAGCAAGAGCUGCCUAAGUUCAUCAGCCCCGACCAGCUGCCUGUGGAGUUCGGGGGGACCAUGACCGACCCCGAUGGCAACCCCAAGUGCCUGACCAAGAUCAACUACGGGGGCGACGUGCCCCAGCAUUACUACCUGCGCAACCACGUGAGGGUGCAGUACGACCACCAGGCGACCGUGGGCCGAGGCUCCUCCCUGCAGGUGGACAACGAGAUCCUGUUCCCGGGCUGCGUGCUCAGGUGGCAGUUCGCGUCGGACGGAGGGGACAUCGGCUUCGGGGUUUUCCUGAAGACCAAGAUGGGGGAGCGGCAGCGGGCCGGGGAGAUGACGGAGGUGCUGGCCAGCCAGCGCUACAACGCCCACAUGGUGCCCGAGGACGGGAGUCUCACCUGCACGGAAGCUGGCGUCUACGUCCUGAGGUUUGACAACACCUACAGCCUGAUCUACCCCAAGCACGUCAGCUACACCGUGGAGGUGCUGCUCCCGGACCAAACCUCCCUGGAGAAGAUAGAGAGAUUCUAGACAAGCCUCGCGGUUCCCAUACCGUCCUCUGUGGCCUCUGGGUCUGCAGUGAGCUCACAGCCUUCCCUGGCUAGACCCCCUCCAAGCUCCCCAGGGAAGGCGAUCCUACAGAGCUGGUCCCAGCCCAUCUGUCACAGUGGGUCUGCAUCUUCAGAACUGCUGGGAUCGUGGCGGCCAGCAAAGCAACAGAAAAACUCUCCAGCCCCUGUGACUCAAGCUCAGAGAAAACUCCCAGCCCCUUUUCUACCAACCGAUACUGAGUCGUGAGUUCCCAUUCUGAAAUAUAUUGUGUUUAAAAAAAUAAAUAAAUAAAAGCGUGGGGCUUCCCUGAUG